AAGAAGCAGCGAAGACAGGAACCCAUCUACUGAGCCCGGUCCAUAUAAUUUUAUUUAUGGUUUAUUUUUCUGCACCGGUUUGAUUCAUCAUUCUUCUCAGCCUUGUUUGUAUAGUGUUGUGUCUCCAGUUCAUUAUGAUUAUUGGAUGAAAGUCGUAGUCUUUAGUCUUCAAUUUUCAAUUUUCCAUUUUCCAAGCCCACCUUAUUAUUUGGGAUCAUAUCAUACCCAACUGGGUUAUACCCUUCAAUAUAACAUAGUCUGCAUGUUCCAUGGUUUUGGUCGUUUCUUGGAAGUUGGUUUCAUGAAAAUCAAAUCCAAAACCUCAUGUCAAAAGCUGCAAAAAUGCCACAGCCUCAUGCUCAAAUGGUAGCAUGAGAUCUUUCAGGCGACGCGAGAUCGGAGAAGGAGAAGAAGAUCUUCGAGUCGGACGAUCCUACGUUUCGAAACGCGAUUUUGACUACCAUGGUAACAACCGUCUAAACUUUCAUGAAGUAUUCAUCUCCUUAUUAUUGAAAGUCUUUUCUUCGAUUUUCCAUUUGCAAGCCCGCCUUAUUAUUUGGUAUCGUAUCAUACUCAAUUGGAUUGUACCCCUCGAUAUAAUGCUAGUCUGCAAAUAAAUGUUGCAUGGUUCUGCUCGUUUCUUUGUGACUUGGUUUCAUGAAAAUUAAAACCAGAAGCCUCGUAUCAAACGACCCAAUUCUCCAAAAGUUGCAAAAAUGCUACAACCUCAACACCCUUAAGCAAGCCCAUGCUCAAGUGGUAGCAACUGGCCUUUCACUCCAGACAUACUAUCUGAGCCACCUCCUUAACACAUCCUCCAAAUUUUCCUCCACCUAUGCAAUUACCAUCUUUAACCGUAUCCCAAGCCCAACAGUUUUCCUAUACAAUACACUCAUUUCUUCAUUCUCUCGUCACAAGGACCAAAUUCAUCUAGCCUUCUCACUUUAUAACCAGAUUCUCGUCCACAAGACCCUUCAACCCAAUAGCUUCACUUUUCCCUCCCUCUUCAAGGCUUGUGGCUUUGGUUCAUGGCUCCAAUAUGGUCCUUCCCUCCAUGCCCAUGUUUUAAAAUUCCUUCAACCCCCUUAUGACCACUUUGUGAACAAUUCACUGCUCAAAUUCUAUGCCGAAUAUGGAAAAUUGUGUGUGUCUAGAUAUUUGUUCAAUCAAAUCAAUGAACCUGACCUGGUCAUAUGGAAUACCAUGUUGGCUGCCUACGCAAAAAGUGCAAGUCAUGUUAGUGACUCAACAAGUUUACAAGACGCUGAUAUGUCAUUAGAGGCAUUGUAUUUGUUCAGAGGCAUGCAGUUGUCUCAGAGAAAGCCUAAUGAAGUUACACUUAUUGCAUUGAUCACUGCAUGUUCUAAUUUAGGUGCACUGAGUCAGGGUGCUUGGGCACAUGGUUAUGUGUUAAGGAACAAUCUUGAACUGAAUCUAGUUGUGGGAACUACGCUGGUGGAUAUGUAUUCUAAAUGUGGAAGUCUGAAUCUAGCAUGCCAGUUGUUUGAUCAGCUGACUGAAAGGGACACGUUUUGCUACACUGCCAUGAUUGGGGGGUUUGCAAUUCAUGGUCAUGGGGGUCAGGCACUUGAACUGUAUAGAAAGAUGAAACUUGAGGGCCUAGUUCCUAGUGAUGCAACUAUUGUAGUUACUAUGUAUGCCUGUUCUCAUGGUGGAUUAGUAGAAGAGGGCCUCGCAAUUUUCGAGUCCAUGAAGAGUGUUCACGGAAUGGAGCCGAAUCUUCAGCAUUACGGAUGCUUAAUUGAUCUUCUUGGUCGAGCUGGGAGAUUAAAGGAGGCAAAAGAGAGGUUAGAGGCUAUGCCCAUGAAACCAAAUGCAAUUUUGUGGAGGUCUUUACUUGGUGCAGCAAAACUUCAUGGCAACAUAGAGAUCGGGGAAACUGCUCUCAAACACUUAAUAGAGCUAGAACCAGAAACAAGUGGAAGCUAUGUUCUUCUGUCUAAUAUGUAUGCUAGCAUUGGUCAGUGGAAUGAUAUGAAGAGAAUGAGAAUGAAGAUGAAGGAUCGUGGGGUUGACAAGUUGCCUGGGUUUAGUUUAGUGGAUAUUAAUGGUGCCAUGCAUGAAUUUCUCACAGGUGACAAAGCUCACCCUCUUUCAAACGAAAUAUAUAUGAAGAUUGGGGAGAUAAAUAGAAGAUUACAAGAAUAUGGUCACAAACCAAGAACAUCAGAAGUUUUGUUUGAUGUAGAAGAAGAAGAUAAGGAAGAUGUCCUUUCUUACCACAGUGAAAGGCUGGCUAUAGCGUUUGCACUAAUAGCAUCUCCUUCAAGUUUUCCUAUAAGAAUUAUAAAAAACCUAAGAGUUUGUGGGGAUUGCCAUGCUAUUACCAAGCUAAUAUCAGUGGCAUAUAAAAGAGAUAUUAUUGUUAGAGAUCGAAAUCGGUUUCACCAUUUUAAGGACGGGAGUUGUUCUUGUCUAGACUACUGGUGAUACCUUGCUCAACUUACAACAAAGUUUAUACCUGAAAGAAAGGCUGAUUUAUCAAAUAUAAAGGAUGCUUUGGGGUCAGUAGUUGAUGUGAUGAAGGCAAUGGCUUUGUCAAUAUACUCUCCUUCAAAGGUUGGGUGAGUUACAUGGACCAUUCAACGCCAUUUAGCUCUAUACAACAGCCAAAUCGUAGCAAAAAGAAACUGCUUGGGGAGAAUUGACCUUUGGGUUACAGAUAAGCAUUUGUUUGCUCUUCUGGUGCUAUAUCUGAACACAUUGAGUUUCUAGCAGGUGGAAGAAACUAACUGCUUGGUGGCGUAAAUCCUAAAUGUGACCUGAAAAGAAAGGUUUUUGCUUCAACAUUGCAAGGAGUUUUUGUCCUCGUUAGCAACCAUGCAGUCAAAUCAGGUACGGCGGAAAGGAACGACAUGAGAGCAGCACGGCCAAAGAACUUGGCCACAAAGAGGGUGGCGUGAGCUUGGGCUUGUGGGUUCUCUAUCAAUUGUAGGCAAUGUCGUAGCAUGCAGUUCUCACUGCAACCCUUUCUGAGAACACGACAACCAUUGCAGCUCAUAUUUUUCUUCUUUUGAUCCACUCCACAACACUCUUACUAUGAAUCAACUAGACUGAUCAGACAGUGAGUGUAGAAGCAGAAAGGAUGCAGGUUUUUAUAUAUAUGGUGGAAGAAAGGUGAGUUGGGCAUAUAUAAAGUGAGUGUGGGACAUGCAUGCAUCAUCAAUUAAUCAACCAACCUUGUUCACAUUUGUUUAUUAAUAUAACAUAUAAUAUUAGAAUAACGUUACUUGUAGUUAAUUUUAUAUCAUAUAAAUUCAACCAUGGUUGAGUUACUAAUGGGUAGGGUCUUGUGGAAACAAUGUGUGGCUAGAUAGUAUUCCAAAGAAACGGGUGUUCUGGGCCUGCUCAGGUUCUCCGCAGAUGUUGGAAUUUCUCCAUAGUUGGAUUGGAUUCAAAUCAACGUAUAUGCAUUUUUCCAACCAUCAAGUUCUUGCUUGAUUCCUUAUUCAGAUCAAUGUGAAUGGAAUCUCCAGUAUUGUCAUGAA